ACAGAGUUUGUACGUUCUCCCCAUGACCUGCCUGGGUUUUCUCUGAGAACUUUGGUUUCCUCCCAGACUCUAAAGAUGCACAGGUUUGUAAGUUAAUUGACUUGGGUAAAUUGUCCCUAGUGUAGUACCACUUGUACUGGUAAAAUAGAGAAAAUGCAUGCUUUCUCUCCGGCCCCAAUAUGUGCAGUUACUUGAGGCGAGGUGAUAGCAUUAACAUCCGCUGACUCCUUUUUCUGCUCAGUAAGAUCUGGCUCUUUCUUUACAGUAUGAAGCACAUCAGGAUGAUUCUGCUUACGUUUGUCACAAAUUAUUGGGCACUUACAGUCUUUUACCAUGUGCCCCUUCUUUAAUAUACGAGGAUCGUUGGUCGGUGUGGGCUCGGUGGACCGAAGGGCUGGUUUCCAUGCUGUAUCUCUAAACUAAACUAAACUAUAGCAUCAUGAUCAUAAAGCCACUAGAUGGAGCACUGCACAUUAACCAAAUUUGUAACUACAUGUACAAGUCAAAAAAGACUAGUUAAUGAGCUGUAAUAUAUUGUUUCUAUGUGAAUUAAAUGUAAUGAGUAUAUGAUUCCUUAAACCAUGAAAGUAAUGCUCAAACCAAGUGAUCAGCUGGAUCACAUUAAUUAAGAGAAUUCUUUUGUCAGCUGUUUGCAAGAAUGGAAAUUAUUAUUUGCUAAACCAGUAAUUCCUCUAAUGUUUCCAUGUUGCAUACAUAUAUAUUGAUACAAAAAAAGAUUUUUGAUAAAUAAUAUUCAGACAGACUGUGGCACAGUGGUACUGCAGUAGAGUUGCUGCCAUACAGUCCGGGCUCGAUGUCGACUAUGGCUGCUCUGUAUGGAGUUUGUACGUUCUUCCUGCGAUCGCGUGGGUUUUCUCCGGCUGCUCUGGUUUCCUCCCAGAUCCCUAAGUGUUGCAGAUUUGAAAGUUAAUUGGUGUCUAUAAAUUGUCCCCAGCAUGUAGGAUAGUAGUGUUUGGGUGAUCGUUGGUUGGAGCAGACUCAGUGGGCCCAAGUACCUUUUUGCCACACAGAAUCUCUAAACUAAGCUAACAAUUGUGUUUUUUUAAUCUUACCAUAAUUAUGUUGGAAUCCUACUUAGACUGCAAACCCAACAAUGAUCUCCCUUCUUAAUGAACCAUAACUGAUAGUCAUUUACAACACUCCGUUCUCAUUGACGUUUUGGGCAUUUUAGAGCAUAAUCUCCCAAACACUUGGUGAAAUUCUUAUAACUAGUCAACAAUUUAUGCAUUGUUAUAUGUUCAACAUUUCCUUUUUUUUUCUCUUUGUUCAGUACAGGAAAACAUAAACAUGCACUAUGAAACAAUAGUGAGUGCUUUGGAAGCAAAAAGUAGUAGAGAGCAAAUUCUUGAAAUGGAUAAAAGACUUGCAGCUAAGGAGAUGGAAGUGAGUAAUCUUAAAACUCAACUGCAGUUGAUGCAAGAAUGUCUGGAUGGAAUAAAAGAUUCACAAAGUCAACAAAAUCAGAAAAUGUGUGAGCAGCUCAGCUGGUUUAAAGAUCACGUUAAGUUUACUGAAAUCCUAUCCGAACUCCAUAAACUCACUUCUAUUACGAAUCCUGUCAUCCAAGUACAGAAUGAUAUGACACAAACAACUCCGAGUACAUGUGGGGGUCUCUGCAUUGUUCAUAAGCAAAGAGCUUAUUAUGAAAGCACAAGAGUUUGCAGAACAUCAUUCCAACCUCAGCCUGCACAAAUAGACAACUAUCAACUUUGUGACACCAAAGCUGUAUGUACGGAUAUAUUACCAAAAGGUAGCAGCCAUGCUCAUGAGAAUGUUUAUCAGAAAACUUUAUCAGACACCACUAAGCCAAGGCCAUGUGGUUCCAAAUUUUAUGUUGCAUGUUCAUGUUGUCAAGACAACAAUGAAGACCCCUCUUCAUUCCCCACUGUAACUAACUCAAAUCACACAAUAUGUGCAUGUCCUGUCGGAGGCAUAAAUGGGCUUUCUUCUCAAACAUUUAUCCCUGGUGACGUCGAAUUGGCUGAAGACGAGAAUGACUCCAAGAGUAAUUCUCCCUCUAUUCAGAAAAUGCCUAAUAAUAAAGAAAAAAAGAGGGCUCGUAUUUUCUUCAGUCCAAGUGUAAAAUGUAACCCUGGCCAUAGUAUGUGGCCAGACUCAACGAUAAAAAACAACAAAACAGGAGCUGGUGGUAGUGCUGUGACAUGCGGUAAGAUUGGAACCAGAAGAUGCCGCACUAAAUUAAGCUCUUUUCCAUUCAAUAAAGAGAGGAUCAAACUCAACAAUGCACCAGAUAAGUCAAACAGCAUUAACGCUGGCCUGAAAAAAGCGACUUCAGAUGAAUUAAAGAUUAAACCAGCCCCACAAAAGCAAUCAAAUGGGAGUGAAAAGAAAAGUAUUGGCAAAGCAUCUUAUGAAAAGCGAAGAUACCCUCUUGAAGGACUGCAAGUGAAAGAUGAGACCUGGCAGGAACAAGCGAUGAAAAGAAAUUACUUACAACAGCAGAAAGGAAGGAAGGAGUUUGUCAAAGUAGCUAAGAGAAAUCCUUCAUGGCAACAUCCAAUCCCUUUUCAAGAUGGUAUUUUGCAGAAUGGUAGGGAAUCUGAGCAUCUGCUUCAAUCAUGGUUUAGUCCUUUAACUCCAGCUCACGAGAACUACAGUGGUAACCCAGCAGACCCUUCAGUUGGAAAAGAUGCUCAAACUAAAACAAAGCUUAACUUUUUUGACAGCAGUGAAGAUUCUGAUUAGGAUGCAUUUAGUUUUGACUCCCAUCAGAUUUUAUUUUAAAAGACUGAGGAAAAGAAAAAGUAACAUUAAGAUAAAAAAUAUUAAUAACUUACCAGUGAAAUUUGUAUUACUUUGUUCAGUUUUAUGCUAAAUAUAUAACAUGCUUUCCGUUUUUGUUGUCAAUUCUAUUGACGUAAAAAUUAAUGCUUUAAAACUGGUGUAAGUUGAUCAUUGUUUGAAAUAAUUAUAUCUUUAUUACCAUCAUUACAUUGGUGCUUUUCCUUUUGUUUGAUGUAGCUAAUAAUUAGUUAGGAUUUUUUUAUUUUUCCAUAUUCUUGAUUUUGUCAGCUUUGUAGGACUUGACAAUGUUUUAGUAUUCAUUUUUUUAUUUACAGAUACUAUAAGAUUUACAGACGACAGAUUUACAGUACAGAUUACAAUACAUUUACAGGUACUUUUCCUGUGCAGUUACAGGAUUAUACUUGUCUUUGAUGCAUUGUCUUCUACAUUGUGUGUGUUUUUUUAUUGCAUAGGCAUUUAGAUGUUUUAUAACUGUCAAAAACUAUUGCUAAAAAAACACUUCCAUUGUAAAAUGGCAGCAGUCCAUUAAAGGAAGCCAAAAGCAACUAUUUGUUGGAUCUGAUAUGUAACCAAUUCUAUGUCCAUGUGAUCAUUUUAUGUUUAGUAAUAAUAAAUAUUCGUAUAUUCUGCAAAAAAACAAAGGAUCUUUGAUUAUUUGAUUAAGCGGUUGGAAGGUCUUUAUAGAAGUUCUUUUAACAUGGCACCAUUUAAUUUUUUUACAUAGUUUUCUUGUCUUAACAGCGAUUUCCAAUUUGUAAAACAAUUUGUAAAAUUUGUUCUCCUGGAGAGUAGUUCAACAAAAGGCGAGCUGGUGGAGGAUCUCGGCGGGUCAAGCAGCAUCAGUGGAGGGAAAUGGACAGUCGCCGUUUUGUGUGAGACCCUUCAUCUGAAAUGAAAGAGUAGAGGGGAAGUUGGCAGUAUGAAGAGGUGGUAGAGGGGUAGUGCAAGAACAGGCAAGUGAUAGGUGGAUAUAUGUGAGGAGGGGUUGACUUGCAGAUAGCAUCAGGAGAGAGAGAAGGAUGAAGAUAGCGACAGUGGCUUGGAGAUGGUAAAUGGAGAAAAGGUUGUAUAAAGGUCCCAUCUCAAAUCUACUUCUACAAAUGCUACCUGACCAACUGAGUUCCUUCAGCACUUUGUGUUUUGCUCAAGAUUCCAGCAUCUGCAGUUCCUGAUUCAGUGGUUACUGAAGUUCCAUUGCUAAUUCUCACUUAAGAGUACAGGAUUAACACUGACUUGGUCGUAUGGAUUUGGAACUGUAUAUUGGAACAGGAACUGCAAGACAGAGGGUUGAGGCGGAAGGACAAUAUUCAGGCUGGAGGUCUGUGACCAGUGGAGUUCCGUGAUGAUCUGUGCCGGAACCUC